GGAAAAAGGACGGCUCGCUGGUUGAGCUGUAAGGCUCAUGACCAUGAACUAACUAAAAGGCUGGCGUGCUGGUUGAGCUGUAAGGCUCAUGACCAUGAACUAUCUAAAGUGAUGGCAUGUUGGUUGAGCUGUAAGGCUCAUGACCAUGAACUGUUUGAGAUAAAAACGGGUGGUUCUGUUGGUGAACUGUAA